GAGUCGGCGCGCGCGAAGCGGCAUUUGGCGGUCGGAGCCGCAGCGUGUGGCCGUCCCUUCGUCCGUCAGUCCGUCCUUCCCGCCGUCACCAUGUUCGAGGCGCGGCUGGUGCAGGGCUCCAUCCUGAAGAAGGUGCUGGAGGCCCUGAAGGACCUGAUCACGGAGGCCUGCUGGGACAUCAGCUCGGGCGGGGUGAACCUGCAGAGCAUGGACUCCUCGCACGUCUCCCUGGUGCAGCUCACCCUGCGCUCUGAGGGCUUCGACACCUACCGCUGCGACCGCAACCUGGCCAUGGGCGUCAACCUCACCAGCAUGUCCAAAAUCCUCAAGUGCGCCGGCAACGAGGACAUCAUCACCCUCCGGGCCGAAGACAACGCCGACACGUUGGCGCUCGUGUUCGAGGCACCCAAUCAGGAGAAGGUUUCGGACUAUGAGAUGAAGCUCAUGGAUUUGGAUGUGGAACAGCUUGGAAUUCCAGAGCAGGAGUACAGCUGCGUGGUGAAGAUGCCCUCGGGCGAGUUCGCCCGCAUCUGCCGCGACCUGAGCCACAUCGGCGACGCCGUGGUCAUCUCCUGCGCCAAGGACGGGGUGAAGUUCUCCGCCAACGGAGAGCUGGGCAACGGCAACGUCAAGCUGUCCCAGACCGGCAGCGUGGACAAGGAGGAAGAGGCCGUCACGAUCGAGAUGAACGAGCCCGUCCAGCUGACCUUCGCCCUGCGCUAUUUGAACUUCUUCACCAAAGCCACCCCGCUGUCCCCGACGGUGACGCUCAGCAUGUCGGCCGACGUCCCGCUCGUGGUGGAGUACAAGAUCGCGGAUAUGGGCCACUUGAAAUACUACCUGGCUCCCAAGAUCGAGGACGAGGAAGGGUCUUAGACGCCUCUCGGUCACGGAGGAGACGGAGGGAAGCGACGACUGCCCUGGAGACGGCCUCCGCGGACUUCCCAUCCGGACGGCGGCGAACCUGUAGAUACCGUUUUCCUGUAAAUACGACGACUUGGCCUGCGUUUAUUUCUAUUUUUCCUUCCUCCAGCCCCGCCGCUUGAUAGAGAAAUGUCCGGAGUCGCUUCUGCGGUCGUCUCUCUCCACCGGGCCUGUGUUUAGGGACGCUCUUUUAGAUGCUGUUUUUUAGACCAUUUUAUCGUUCGUAAGAGAAGAGGGCUGCGCUGUGGAUGCGAAGAAGAAAACCGGGGGACGUUGGGGGCCGAGGCCCGCGGAGAGGAGCUGAUAUAAGUGCGGUGUGAAAAUAGCAAUAAAGAUACUUCAGACACGGAG